AUGGAGAAAGGCCUGGAGUUGUCAGCCAAAUCUGGUUCUCCAGUUGAGAAUAAAUCUGAUUUCAGGAAACUAGUGGGUAGUCUAAUAUAUCUCACCGCCACUAGACCCGAUCUGAGCUAUGCAAUGAGAUACAUAUCUUGCUUCAUGGCAGCUCCUACAAUAGAUCAUUGGGCUACAACGAGGCGGAUCUUGCGCCAUGUCAACGGCACUUUAGACUUUGGUAUCCUCUAUGGGCGAACCAAAGAACCCAGACUCAUCGGUUAUACAAAUUCGGAUUUGGCAGGCUCUGUUGAUGACAAAAAGUCCACAUUCGGUUAUGUCUUCAGUUUGGGCAUUGGUGUUGUCACUUGGACCAGUAAGAAGCAACAGGUCGUAACUCUUUCCUCGACUGAAGUUGAAUAUCGAGGAACAGUCAAAGUAACUUGUGAGGCGGUUUGA